CAGUGCAGUGCCAAGGAACCGCUACUCAGGACGCGCUAUUGUCGGACCCGGACGUGUACUGCAAAACGGAGCCGGUACUAAUGUUGAGAUACCAGCUUUCUUAGGGGCGCGUGAGUGGGCUGCUGCUACAUAGCAUUCGAAUUCCUGCUCAAAAAUCAACAACUCAAAACUGGCCCAGUGUGCUGUACCGAAAGUCGCCGAUCGUUCGUGGGUUGCUUACUGAUAGGACUGACGACUCGCCAGAAACCCUGAUGACAGGUCAAUAGUGUAGCGCGGUGUGAAGGCAGCUCUUGAAACCGGACAAGCUCAGAACGUGAUCUACCGCCGUGUCGGUUGGUAGCUGAUCCAGCAGCGGGCGCUAGUGUUGAUCGUGAAACUGUUGCGUGUUUGCAACGUAGAAGGAUAACAGAACGGUAUAGAGUGAAGACAUACGAUCGAUCGAUCGAUCGGCAUCGGUUUGGUGAAGUGCUGGUAAUUUAGAGAGAAGAGAGAAGAGUGGCCAAGGAUCAGCAUGAAGUUGGUUGUGCUCAUCGUCGCUACGUGCGUUGUUGGAGCGCUGUGCACCGAAAAAUGCGUACCUGGGACAACGUUCAAGGAAGACUGCAAUACCUGCCGCUGUGCACACGACGGACGGAAGGCGUGCACCCGCAAGGUGUGCCCACCGCACGAACAGGAACUCUCGGACGAGUCGGUUGCUCGUGCCGAACCCAACCACAACGAGACGAUAGCGGCGGGCGAUGAGAAGGACGAGGUUCACCUUCAAACAAACGGACAAGUCUGUACCCCGAACGAGAUCAAGAUGAAGGAGUGUAACCGGUGCCGCUGCGCCAACAACGGUAUCGGGUGGUUCUGCACGAGACGAGCAUGCCCACCGCGGGAGAAGCGCUCACCGUCCCCGAUGGAGUGCGAACCGGGGACCGCUUUCAAAAGCGACUGCAACGAUUGCUUCUGUACGAAGGAUGGCAAAGCUGCUUGCACGCUCAAGGCUUGUCAGCCGGCGCAACGCCGGCGUCGCGCUGUAGCGGCUGCGAAGAAGCAGUGCACUCCCGGAGAAUCGUUCCUAUCUGAGGACGGGUGUAAUACGUGCCACUGCAACGACGACAGAACCGCUUCGUGCGGACGGAUGGCCUGUCCUUCUGAGGGUGAUGAACCUAUUUUGGGUGACUUUAUGGUCUCGAAUCGUCGACGUCGCGUCACCAAUACCGAGAAUAGCUGCACUCCUGGAUCAACGUUCAAAGACUCCGCUGGGUGCAAUGACUGCGUCUGCAUGAGUGACGGUAAGGCCGCUUGUACGAUGAAACUAUGCCAGCCACUUGGAGAAACUGAAGGGCAGCACGCAAGACAUCGACGCUCCGACAACGCGACGUGGAAAAAGCACGAAAAAGAGGGAAAAGUAGAUGGAGCGACCGGAAAGAAAGAGGAACCGGAAAAGGAUGUAGACAAAGUGGAUGAAGGAAAGGAAGUAGAAAAGGAACAACCGGUCGAAGACGCCGAGUCUCUCAAGAGGUGUCAGGCCGGAGAAAGUUACCGACAUGAAGACGGUUGCAACAUGUGCACCUGCGCGAAGAACGGCGAAUUCGAAUGCACGAAAAAUCCGUGUCCGCCACGGCAUCGACGGGACGUGGCUGAGUUGCCACGCUCGGACGUUGCACCUGGAACGCCCGGGUUCAGAUGCGAAGCGGGCAAGUCCUUCAAGUAUCGGUGCAACAACUGCUUAUGCUCGAACGAUGGACUGCACGCCGGAUGUACCUACAAGUACUGCCUUCCGGGCGAGUGGUAAUGUGCGCUUAGUUACUAGUCUUACUAGUGUAGUUACUGUAGUGCUACUGAUAAAGGUUCUGUUUGUUUUGUUUGCAACUGUUAAAAAAAAAAUUGUGCUUUGUUAAGUCAUUGUUUCUGUUUGCGCUCACUUUAGUUUCGCCCCAUUACACCGACCGAAUAAAUAAAUUUUUUUUGGAAAAUCAUUAA